UGCGGAAGUCGAGCGAGGGAAAAAAAUAAAACAGUAAAAGAAGCUGCCGUGGUUCCGUGAAUCCAGUCCGUACCGACGCUACCAAGAGCAGGAAACACUCGAGUGGUGGCCACGUGUUUGGAGGAGAUGGACCGGGAUCAGAUCCAGGACCAGAUCCAGGACCGGGGUCAGAACCAGGACCAGGAGUCCAGCAGGACCAAAGCGGACUCUUCCUCCGCUGGUCUGCAGAAACAUAAAGCCAAAGAGAGAACCACAAGUUACUGCUGGGAUAUGAGGGAUAAAGUCCUCACCUCUUCACCAGGUCUGAAGGUCCGAAAGAGGAUUCAUACUGAAGAGAAGCUGUACACCUGUGAACAGUGUGGGGCAGCUUUUACCACAUCAACUAUUUUAAAGGGUCAUCAGCGUAUCCACACUGGAGAAAAGCCGUACAAAUGUGAUCAGUGUGGUGUGGCUUUUACCCGACAAGGUGAUCUAAGGCGUCAUCAGCGUAUUCACACUGGGGAUAAGCCUUACAAAUGUGAUCAGUGUGGAGCAGCUUUUACCCGACAAGGUCAUUUAAGGUGUCAUCAGCGUAUUCACACUGGAAAUAAGCCUUUCAGAUGUGAUGAGUGUGGGGUAGCUUUUACCCGACAAGGUCAUCUAAGAUGUCAUCAGCGUAUUCACACUGGAAAUAAGCCUUUCAGAUGUGAUCAGUGUGGGGUAGCUUUUACCCGACAAGGUAAUCUAAGGUGUCAUCAGCGUAUCCACACUGGAGAGAAGCCUUACACAUGUGAUCAGUGUGGGGCAGCUUUUACCCAACAAGGUCAUCUAAGGAGUCAUCAGCGUAUUCACACUGGAAAUAAGUCUUACAGAUGUGAUCAGUGUGGGGCAGCUUUUACCCAACAAGGUAGGUUAAGGAGUCAUCAGCGUAUUCACACUGGGGAUAAGCCUUACAGAUGUGAUCAGUGUGGGGCAGCUUUUACCCAACAAUGUGAUCUAAGGCAUCAUCAGCGUAGUCACACUGGAAAUAAGCCUUACAGAUGUGAUCAGUGUGGGGCAGCUUUUAACCAACAAGGUAAUCUAAGGAGUCAUCAGCGUAUUCACACUGGGGAUAAGCCUUACAGAUGUGAUCAGUGUGGGGCAGCUUUUACCCAACAAGGUGAUCUAAGGAAUCAUCAGCGUAUUCACACUGGAGAGAAGCCUUACAGAUGUGAUCAGUGUGGGGCAGCUUUUACCCAACAAGGUAAUCUAAGGAGUCAUCAGCGUAUUCACACUGGAGUUAAGCCUUACAGAUGUGAUCAGUGUGGGGCAGCUUUUACCCAACAAGGUUGUCUGAGGAGUCAUCAGCGUAGUCACACUGGAUUUAAGCCUUACAGAUGUGAUCAGUGUGGGGAAUUUUUCAGCCGACAAAGUCAUCUAAUGAGUCAUCAGCGUAUUCACACUGGAGAGAAGCCGUACAGAUGUGAUCAGUGUGGGGCAGCUUUUACCCGACAAGGUGAUCUAAGGCGUCAUCAGCGUAUUCACACUGGAUUUAAGCCUUACAGAUGUGAUCAGUGUGAGGCAUCUUUUACCCAACAAUAUGAUCUUAGACGUCAUCAGCGUAUUCACACUGGAGAUAAGCCUUACAGAUGUGAUCAGUGUGGGGCAGCUUUUACCCAACAAUUUGAUCUAAGGCGUCAUCAGCGUAUUCACACUGGAUAAAAAUGUGGGGCAGCUUUUACUUGGAGAGCUCAGUUAAAGGAACAAAUUAGACAUGUUAUGUUCUGAGAAAAAAAGAAAUCUGGAGUUUCGUUCUCAGUUUCAGCUGAAAAAUGUCAUCUUCUCCCGCUUUAUCCGUUCCCGGGUCGCGGGGGC